UCAACACUUUAUAUAGACCUUCACUUUGCCAUGCUGCCACUCUAAGCAAUAAACAUUCAACUUUCAAGGCCAUACUUCAUUUCAUCACUGACAUGGAUCCAAAGCUCACAAUCAACUGUCACCGAAAUGAGUUCCUUCCAACUAGUGCAGGCACUCAAUUGCCAGAAAGCCCCAGAAUACCAAUGGAGUUUCUGUCAAGGUCAUGGAGUGCCUCUGCUCUUGAGGUCUCUAAAGCCCUGACACCACCUCAACCACACACACCACCUUCUUGCAUAGCUUCCAAGCCUUCUAAUGCUUCCUCUUGUCUCACUAAUUCUAUUCCUGAAGAAACUACUUACCAUUCAGAGGAGUCCUCAACAAUGUGUGGGAAUCAGUUCUCUUUUGCUUCCUCUGCUACUUCACAGUUUGUCCUUGAGCGCAUCAUGUCACAGUCCACAAGAGAGGAAGUGUCUCCAUUAACAUCAGGUAGACUGUCCCACAGCAGUGAACCUGUGAACGGUGGUGGUGGUUCUUUAACCGGAACAGAUAGUCCUCCAAUUUCUCCAUCUGAGGAGUACGACGAUGUUGUUAAGUUUUUCCGAGCAAACAAUUCUAUUCACCCCUUAUUCAAUGGUGGACGAGCUAUGAUUAUGAGUACUGCUACUACUGGUAAUGCCACUCCUUGCUCUGGACCUAAAACAGUUGGAAGAUGGUUGAAAGAGAGAAGAGAAAAGAAGAAGGAAGAAAACAGGAGCCACAAUGCUCAGCUGCACGCAGCUAUUUCUGUGGCUGCUGUGGCGGCUGCGGUUGCCGCCAUCACGGCUGCAACAGCAGCCUCAUCUAGCAAAGAUGAGAAGAUGGCUAAUACAGACAUGGCUGUGGCUUCUGCAGCUACUUUGGUUGCUGCUCAGUGUGUAGAAGCUGCUGAAGCAAUGGGAGCUGAAAGAGACCACCUUGCUUCUGUGAUUAGCUCUGCUGUGAAUGUUAGAUCUCAUGAUGAUAUCACAACUCUAACUGCUGCUGCUGCCACAGCUCUAAGAGGGGCAGCAACUUUGAAAGCAAGAGCAUUGAAGGAGAUGAGGAAUAUUACUGCAGUGACACCACUAGAGAGAAGCAUAGGGAUUGGAGUGUGUGGUAAAGCAAAAAACAGUAACUCUAGCACCAGUGAUAGUGGAGAGAUUAUCAAUGGAGAAAAUUUUCUAGGUGCCUGCAACCUUGAGCUUCUUGCCAGGGGAAGUGAAUUACUCAAACGGACCCGUAAAGGUGAUCUUCACUGGAAAGUGGUUUCUGUUUAUAUACAUCGAUCAGGCCAGGUGAUGCUGAAAACGAAAAGCAAGCAUGUUGCAGGAACCAUUACUAAAAAGAAAAAGGAUGUUGUGUUAGAUGUGAGCACAAAUUUACCAGCAUGGCCAGGAAGGCAUCUUUUUGAUGAUGGUGAAAAAAGAAGGUAUUUCGGAUUGAAGACAGAGUCAUGGGGGGUUGUGGAGUUUGAAUGUAGAAAUCAAAGAGAAUAUGAUAUCUGGACUCAAGGUGUUUCAAGACUUCUUUCCAUUGUUGCCCAGAGACAGAAGCAAAACAGAAAAAAGAUUUGAGCUUCCAACAAGAGUCUCUUAGCUACUGCUGACAGCUGAGCUUAGUUCAAACUAUAUGUACUUAGUUGUAUUUUGCAUCUGUUAACAGGAACUGAUUCUUUUUCCGGGAGACACUCAAUUUCAUCCUUUAUGUUUUUACAUGUAUCAAAUUAGUCUCAUAAAUUAAUCACAUAUUUAAACUCUUAACA